AGUCCUUCAAUAUUAAAUUAUUAUACUUUUGCAUCUUUAACUUUUAAAAUGUGCAAAAAUGGACAAAUCCGAUCAGCCCAUUAACCCUUGACUCAUCCCGAAUAUCACAAUUAAUUCCCGCCUGAGGUCCAAGUAUUAACCUUAGUAGGGUGCAAUACAGGGAAAGUAUGUUUAAAUAUCGACUCGAGUCGGUCCGUGUACCCCUACUUCAAUUGUUUGAAACAUUAUCUAGCGAAUUGGUUUUGGUUGAAAAGUUUGCUAAUUAAAGUAAAGCAAGGCAAAAGUAAAUGGUUUUGAAAGCUCUAAGUGAUAAGGAUCACUCGAGUGUCGCCUCUCCCUAACUACUACCAUGGCACGAGGAAUUGAAUUAAUUGUUACGGGCAAGGUGACCGCGAACUGCUAGAAAACGCAACUAUGGUCGUAGAUCACACUCUUGUUUGCCAAACCAAGGGAUACAUUAUAGGCUACUCAAGUAGCCCUCUUGGUUAAGACAAUCGAUGGUUGACUUACUCUCUCACUCAACCCAAAUGGUUGGUUGACUUAAUCGCGCUUAACCAAAUUGAUUAAUUCAACAUAGAGGGUUGCCCUACAUUAACCUAGAUAGGUGGCUUAAAAAGCCCAGGGAAUCCCAACUCAAUUGAGCCUCCCUUGAAAGUGGGGUUUCCCUCUCAUCUAGGUUAGAAUAACCAAUUGGAUUGCUAAGCACAAACAUGCACAAUCAACAUGAAAAACACCUCAAUCAUUGAAUUAAACAACACCCAUAAACAAUCAUUCAAUUCACACAACAACUACAUGGCAAAUAGUUAGGGUUUCACAACACCCAAGUGAGAAAGAGUACUACUUCAUGCUAGGAAGGGGAAGAACACAAGAGGAAGAGGUAGAAACCAUCAUGGUGAUUCCUCCAAUCUCCUUUGAGCUUAUGUUGAUAUUCUUUUGGGGAGAAUCUUCCCAAUCCACCACUUAGAGCAAACCCUAGCCUUCUUUCUUCCUUGGUUUGUCUUUUCUCUCUCUAAAAUCUAAAGAAGAAGAAGACACUUUCUCACACUUGGGCUCCCCCUCUCUCUUCCUUUCAGCUCACAUUAUAUACCAGGAUCGGGCUUAGUUCACAACCUCAGUUCACGGCCGUGAACUCUUCAACGCGUCUGUGAACAUAGAGCGUGAUGUUGAAACGCACCGCUUCGCCAUCAAGAGUUCACGGUUUGGCCUCAAUCUUCACAUUCUUGUUGACCGUGAACUCGUCGCGCGGUAGUAACUGCAGAUUUCUCCAUAGCCGCAUUGCGAUUAACGAUUUUGAGCUUCAGUUCACGGCCAUAGUGAAUCGUGAACUCCCAUGGGAAACCCUGAACUGCGCUUGGAUCACCCUCUUUGUUCGAUCUUCACCCUCUCUGUUCCUUGGUUUCCAAGGAAUACUGGAAUAUCGGUCUCAGUUUUAAAGACUUUUGUUUUAAAGGAAAGGAAAACGAGUCAAGGAUCUUCUCUUAAGACUUUAUAGAAUCUCCAGUCUACUCUAAUUGUAUUAAGAUAAAUAACUUUAGUCCUAAUAUAAGGGUGCGCCAAUCGCGAAGUUUUAUCCCGAGGUAUAGGUGCGAGGAAUCAAAGGAGUUAAAGGAGCACUACGAGGAUUUUUCUACUUAGCUACUAACAAGUGAUCUAAUAGGUUAAGAUAUACAAAUAGGAGAGCUAUGAACCUCCGAAGAAAGAGCUACAAGCACUAGAUGUCAGCGGAUAAAAUGAUGGAAGAAUUUCAGGGUCCUUGACCCUAAGCAGUGGCGAGUCAAGAAACGAAGAGGUACCACGUGAAGUCCCUCAGCUAGUUUUAGUGGUCAACACUAUUACAACACAGUGACAAGGAGCAGUGGAAAGCUUAGACUUCAAGAGAAGCUAGGGUAGUGUAAAUGAGGAAGUAAGUAGGUUAGAGGGGGUCUGAAAGGACGUCAAGAAGUCAAUAGUUUAAGGGGGGGGGGGGGGGGGGGGGGGGAGCAGGCAUGGUCGUUUUCAUAUGAAGAUGAAGGAACCCUUGUAGAUAAACUACGUCAUCUAGAAGAGGGUACAUGACCCUGGGGAAUUAGGCCGGUAUCAAGCUUUUGGAAGGAACAACACAAGAGUCAAGAUGAUCGAGGUAGAGGAAGAGCUUGGAUCAAAAAUAACAAUGUGCUAGUGAACAAUGUUGAGCUAGAAAGAGGAUGGAUUGAGAUAUGAGAAACUCUACAAACUACCCAGAUCAUGAAAAGUCAGGAGGAUGUUGGGACCGUUGGAAGGGGUAUGCAAGAGUUCACAAUGAUCUGUUAUGGGAUUGUCCUCUCUUAAAUAGAGGGAACACCUAGCCUCCUAGGGUACAUGAGGGGUGACAGAAGGAGGAACCUCUCUACUAAGUUGGAACUAGAGGGCUAAGAGCUUAGGUCUCGGAACUAACUAUAGAGUAAGUCAUUAAGCCAACCGAGUAUAGACAAGUAAGUGGAAUGUUCAAUAAAUGUUCUAGUGAAUGGCAGAAAAUUCGAGUAAACACAUGGAAGUUCCGAUGAAGGAUCGAGAAUAUGUGUAGGUGACUCGUGUUCAAGAAAAUGCAUAGUGGAGUACGACGUGGAAAAGCAUUACUAGGAAGAAGGAAAUCAUUAAGUUACCUUAUCCAAGGUGCCCCACUCUGAGUGGGAGCGACAUAGUAGGGGGUCAUCCUGAGGAAUCGGCUAGUUAAGGAUAAGGUAGACAUGAUGAUUUAAGCCACUAAGAACCCAGACUAUGAGAUUAAGGCCAUAUACAGGCAUCAAUCUAGACAAAAUGACGUGAAUGAGGUAUGUUAAAUCCUACCAAGGGAAAUCUUCUAUUGGAAGCUUUGACCCAAACAAUAACGAGAAGAUACUCAACAGAGUUUGGUGACCAAAUAUAGUACAAAGCAACAACGGAAGGGUAGUAAAAGUAAAAGAAAUGGGAAGGACACCAUAGGACGUUAUAGAAAGAAAAUGGUGGUCAUCGAUCGGGCGAUGUAUGCGUAAAGGAAGAUAGGUAAGGCAGGCCAAAGCAAGAAUGCAACAAACAAUAAGGAAGCAUUAGGUUAACUACUAGUGGAUACAAUUGAUCCUAGGGAAUUCCAUCGUGAAAUUUUGAUCAAUUUUAAGACGGAAUAAUCGUUGCUAGAAUAG